AUGGCACCCAACUGCAGCGUGGUCCCGGAACAAGUCCCUAGCGAUGCCGGCAUCGCGGGCGCAGGCGUGCUGCUGUCGUCGACCAUCACGGCCGGGCUGGUGCUCGCCAUGUCGGCCAGCCUGGUCCUGCAGGGCUUCGAGAGGGCGGCCAGGCGCCCGCAGAAGCCGUCGGUGAUCCGGCGCAAGCUGCUCAGCGGCUACUCGGACCAGCAGAUCAUAGUAGGGAUCGGGGUGCAGAGCGUUGGGCUGGCCAAGGCGUCGACGCUGGUGCCGUACCACUUCUUCCUGGUGUGGAUGCUAUCGUUACUCGCAACAGCGACGCACAACGCGACGCUGCUGACGUUGGUGCACGACUUCCGCCGCGACUGGGUGCUGCGGUGGCUGCGGCAGGCGCUCAUGUUUGUCAACAUGGCGCUGUCGAGCGUGCUGGGCGUCUACGUGCUCGAGAGCAAGGUGCGCGGGCUGCCGGCGACGCUGCCCAUCGGGUGCGUGUGGGUCGUCGACUCGCGCGCGCCCGCUGUCAGCGGGCUCGACUACGUCGGCACCGUCGUGACCAUCGCCGGCAACGCCGUCAUCUUCGCCCUCGCCACCUGGUACUUGCACAACCGCCGGCAGCGCUUCUACAAGGCGGUGCAGCUGGUCGGCCUGGUGCUGAUGGCCGGGAUUGCCAUUGGAGCCACUGCGCGCGCGUACCUGCUGUCGCAGGCGUUUGGUAACCCUGACGUGGCGCUGAGCGAUCAGGGCGAGAAGAGCUGGUCAUUUGGGCAGCUGCUGUCGAUGCUGAUGUUGAUCCUGCCCGUCAUCUCGGCCGUCGAGAUCAUGCGCGGCGAGAUCGCCGUAGCGCCACCCGUGGCCGACACUGCCGGCGGCGACGAGCACGACGACGCGCAAGCGCUGUUUGACGGGCAGCUGCGGGACAUGAACGCCAAGACCAUGACGAGAUUUUGA